AAAUAUGUUGUAGUAAAAGUGACGUUCAAAUAACUAAAUGUGUUUUCACGCUUGAUAACUGGACAUCAACUACAUUUGAUAAUUGUACCAAGUUUAUUCAACGUUCCCGUGUAGAAAAUGGCAUAUAUUGUUAUCUUUUUGAGAAUAAUUAUACCUAUUUUUUUGGGAAUCCAGACAUUAACCUUACGGGUCCAUGGGUGCGAAACAUUGAUUUUUAUUUCAAAAUAGACAAUAUUACCAAUUUUACUUCUGCAUUCUUAUCUGUGGGUGCUAUUUCCGUACAAUUAAUGGAUCCAAAUUUUAAUCUCUUAUGGAAAGAAAAAGCAGCAAGUACUGCAGAUGUGUAUGAGAAUCAAAUACUAAAAAUGCAAAUGAAUGCAUUUUCUGGUAUUCAAAAUAUGUCAACUAUGGUUUAUUUUACGAAACAAACUAUUCAAACUAUUUUACCUCAUGAUGUUUUCGCAAUUAUCGGAACAUCUCCUAAUUAUCAUAAUAUAUCUUACUUAAAUGUGAUGUCAAGAUAUUUUCCAAUGCAUCCAAAUGCAAAUAUCUCUGCUGGAAAUUUUCAUGGUCUUUUUAAUGUUGCUCCGGGCAGUUUCAUUAAUGAAAUACAAUCUGAAAAGCCGGGUUUAAUGCAUUUAAUAAUGAAGCCGAAAAUAAAAAAAACUGAUGGCCAGGUGGACUUAUUUAAUAUGCCAUUUGCCUCAAAAACUGAUCCAGUACUUGAAGAUCAAAUUCCUACCGAGGCAAAAGUAACUAGAUUAGAAAAUAGAAUUUUAGCACUGGAGAAAAUUUUAGAAGAUUAUGUUUUUAAUCCAUAUGCUAUAAAAGCAUUGACGCUGACUCGUGGAGAAUCUGAUAAACAUUAA